UGUGGUUUUACUGUACCUAAAAGCAGAUUUUGAGAGCCCUGCCUCUCUAAGCUCUACAGAUUUUGCAAGGCAGGGCAAGCCUACUGCUUGUCCGUCUGUUAUAGUGGUGAGAUAGUGCAGGAGUAUGGAACAAGAGUCUCCCUGUUGAGAAGAAACCAUGCAGACGGUCCCUUGAGUGCCUUUGAGAACCUGAGACACACCGGUAGACAGUUAGUGUAAUCUGUGGAUUUAUACAGUGCUGGUCUGAAACUGUUCUUGGGAAAAACUGGGAGUUAAUAACAUUCAGCAGAACUGCUUCAGAGAGCUAAGUGAUUUGAUGCGUUUGACUGCAAGAUGCGUACAGACAUGAUUCCGUUUCCUUCAAGGGCAAUGGAGGAGUUAGUGGUGGAGCUGCGCCUCUUCCUGGAGCUCCUCGACCGUGAGUACCUGAGUGCCACUGUGAGAGAGAAGAAGGCUCUGAUCACAAACAUUCUUCACAGGAUACAGGCAACAAAAGAACCCUUACACAAGACUGAGAUGCAUAGCAGCCUGCCAGCUCCACCCCAGAUGCCCCUGCCAGAAAUCCCUCAUCAAUGGCUGCCUCCUGAUAAUGGCCCCCCACCUUUACCCAGCUCCUCCCUCCCUGAGGGCUAUUAUGAAGAGGCUGUACCACUUAGCCCUGGAAAGGCUCCAGAAUACAUCACCUCUCAUUAUGACUCUGAUGCCAUGAGUAGCUCAUAUGAGUCUUAUGACGAGGAAGAGGAGGAUGGCAAAGGACAGAAGAUGAGGCACCAAUGGCCCUCUGAGGAAGCAUCCAUGGACUUGGUCAAAGACGCCCGAAUCUGUGCCUUCCUGCUCCGCAAGAAGCGCUUCGGACAGUGGACCAAGCUGCUGUGCGUCAUUAAAGACAACAAACUACUGUGUUAUAAAAGCUCCAAAGACCAGAAUCCCCAGAUGGAGCUUGUUCUGACUGGAUGCAGCAUCACCCACAUCCCCAAGGAUGGGAAAAAGAAGAAGCAUGAACUGAAGAUCACACACCAAGGAGCAGAUGCUCUAGUGCUGGCUGUGCAGAGCAAGGAGCAGGCAGAGGAAUGGUUAAAGGUGAUUAAAGAUGUUUGCAGCAAUUGCAAUGGAGCAAUUGAUUCGGAUGGGGCUCCCUCCAGUUCUCCAGUGCACAAGACUGAGCUAGAAAAGAAAUUGUCAUGUGACCGGCCAAGUUCAGAUGGAGAGUGGAUUCCAGAGAACGGAGUUGCUGAUGUGAAAGAGCAGGGGAAAGGAAAGAAAAACUCAAAGAAUGAGCAGAAGGGCACUGUGAGUAAAGUGGCGGGAAAGAAGAUUACAAAGAUCAUCGGUUUGGGAAAGAAGAAACCAUCGACUGAUGAGCAGACCUCUUCAGCAGAGGAAGAUGUUCCCACUUGUGGAUAUCUCAACGUGCUGUCCAACAACCGCUGGCGGGAGCGCUGGUGCCGAGUAAAGGACAACCAGCUGAUUCUGCACAAGGAACGGACGGACCUGAAAACGCACAUGGCCUCCAUCCCACUUCGGGGCUGUGAGGUCAUCCCGGGCCUGGAUUGCAAACACCCCUUGGCAUUCCGGCUGCUGCGCAAUGCUCAAGAAGUAGCUGUGCUUGAGGCCUCGUCCUCCGAGGGGCUGGGCAGGUGGCUUGGUGUCCUGCUUGCAGAGAGCGGCUCUUCCACAGACCCAGCAGCUCUGCACUAUGAUUACAUUGAUGUGGAGACAACUGCAAAUGUGGUACAGUUGGCAAAACAGUCUUUCUGCUUCACAAACAGGCGUGCUGUGUCUCCUAACCCCUAUUUGGAUAACCCCACCAAUGGCUAUUCCUGUCCAUCGGGGGUGGCCCUGCAUUAUGAUGGCGUCCCAUGUAUAAAUGGAUCGGAGCCAAAUGACAGCAUGUAUUCGACUCCAGCUAACAACUGGAGGGAUGAGGGGCUGUAUGAGAACGCCUGCCUUUAUGAAAAUUCCCCUUCUCCAACGCUUGCUGCCCGCUACUCACCUAAGCCUUCUAGGGUUUCUUCUUCUGAAAGACCACCUGCUAACCAUUACAAAACUCCUGGCCCCUCCAAACUUUCCUCUUCUCUGCCUGUCACUAACACCUAUGCUGGGGGGCGGGGAUUAGCCGGGCCAGCCUCACAGCUGAAGGGAAAGAAAAUGCAAGUGAUCAAUGGAGUGGCUCCCAAGCAGAAAGUGGACCUAGCCCAACAAAAGAAGCCGAAUGGAAACAUUCCGAUUAAACGAAAUAAUUCCAAUGCAGAUCAGUACAAGUAUGGUAAAAACCGCGUAGAAGCCGAUGCCAAGAGACUGCAGGCCAAGGUAGAUGAGCUCCUGAAAAAGAAGCAGGAUCUCCGCAAUCGGCUGGCCCAGCUGAGGAAGGAGAGAAAGGACCACCGAGCUGCAAUGGAAGCCAAUACAGGCAGGAAAUCCCAGACUGUUCUUGCGGACAAGCUGAAGAGACUGGAAAACGAGUGUAAGCAGAAAGAGACAGAGCGUGUCAAUCUGGAGUUGGAGUUGACGGAGGUCAAAGAGAGCCUGAAGAAAGCCAUGAACGGCGGGGUCACUCUGGGGCUGACCAUCGAGCCAAAGUCUGGGACCUCUAGCCCUCAGUCCCCGGUGUUCCUGCGACGCACUCUUGAUAAUUCCCCCGCCUCCAGCUGUGACACCAGCGAUGCAGAAAACUCCUCGCUUCCUGUGAAUAGCGCAGCUAUCCUGAAGAAACAGUCCUCACAAAAGACGUCACCAAAUUGGGGUCAUGUUCUUCGGAAAGCCAAGGAAUGGGAAAUGAAAACUGGCACAUAAACAAACAAUAUUUUCACCUGUACCUUUACAUAUAUAUAAUUUUUUUUUUUUUUUGUUAAUGCAAAUGUUUGGAGGUCAGUACUGGUGGAUGACAGAAAAGAUGGCAUAUUCAUGUCAUAGGCUUAAAGAGGAAAAGUAUUGUUCUUAUUAACUUUAUUUUAUGGUAUCGGUUGUUAUUAUUGUAAAUGGAACUGCAUUAUACAAGCCUGUUGUGGGAUUAGUGUGGGAGACUUAGUCAGAAAAAAGUCCUAGCCAUUUCUCAUGAUUGUUUUUAAUGAUGCCAAACUUAUUUAUUAAUAAUAAUAAUAAUAAUAAUAAUAAUAAUAAUAAUAAUAAUAAUAAUAAUAAUAAUAAUAAUAAUAAUGAAUUAAUCAUCAGUUAGAUUGAUAUCCAUUAGAGGAACACAAUUUGGUUCAGACAUCUGAAAAAUAAGUUAUUUAUUUGUAAAUGUUUAAGUAAAUAUUGAGUUGCCUUUAUUAUUUAUAAUGAUUUAUAUUUAAUCCUUUUGCAAAUCGGGCCACCCAGUAAACAUAUUAUAGUACAGUUUAAUAAAGUUAUUUUGGUGCCGUAUAUCACAGAACUGGUUGGUUUGUUACUAUAUAUAGUAUAUUGUAAAAUCUCUAGCCUGGUAAUAAAAAUGGUGUUAUGCAUGCAUACAUUUAUAUGCUGUUAUUUAAAACAUAGUGAUAUGUAAAGGAGUAAUACCAGACAUGAUACAUUUGAUUCACACAUUUCAUUAAGUAUUGUGCCAGGUAUACUGUUCGCUUUAAUGCCAUGGUUUGUGUUUUGUUUCAGCAUUCAGAGACAGGUCUUUGUUUAAGAUUUGUUAUGUUUCAUUUUACAAUAUUUAAGAUUUUGUGUAGUAUUAUAGAUAAGAUAAGGAGUGUUAUAUUUAAAUCUUGUUGAAAAAAUAAUGCAGAAGGUUUAAUUUCAUAAUUAAUUGGUUCAGCAUACAUGUAAAUAGUAUUUAACUUUUUUUUUUCUUUUUUUUUAAAGUGUUGGGUCACACAUUUCUGCAACAUUAACACAUAGCUUGCACACAGCAGUUGUAAGGUCUGACUGUGAGAUUUCCAUAGUUUAUGUUGAGGAGGUUGUGUAGUCAGUAUAUUUAUUUCACUUUUGGUGAAUACCCUGAAUAAAAUACAUAUGAGCUAGAGGGUAGCACAUACUGUUUUUAUGUACAGUGGUUUGCAGAAGUAUUCACCCCCUACCAAUAAUGUCACAUUUUGUUGAAUUAUAAAAUAAGGAAGCACAGUUUUUCAAACAAACUUUUUUUCUUCAAAGCUGCAGUGGUUAAACUGAACACUGAUAUGAGGGGGAGGUUAAAUGUUCGCAAAACUUGCAAAGAAAAUGUACAAAAUGAAAUGUACUGGUUGCAUAAAUAUUCAGCCCCUUAAGUCAGUACUUGG